GCAUCUCAAAAUCUACUAGAAAAAGUGCAUAUCAAAAUCCACUAGAAAAGGUUGUUCCAGAGCUUGAAGACCGUCCAAUUGGUCGGCGCAACCUCACUAGGUAUAGAUAUUAAAGAAGGAUUUCAAAUAUUGAAAAUAGUGCAUCUUCCAAUUAUUUCUCUAGACAAUCUGUUUUUAAAAAAUUGAAAUGUUUAUUGAUGUGUUCGAUACGCAUCAUUUUUAUAUAUUUUAAAUUUAUAGUUGAAGAUAAAAAUAUAUUCUAGGAAAUCACAUAUGCAUCUUCUUGCGGGGUUUGAGAAUGAUCAAGGGGCUACUUUGAAAAUGUGGAGAAUUUGCACCUGUCACUUUUAUCCCUAAUAAAAUUUAAAAGGACGUUAUUUCCUAAUUUUCCCGCUAUUAUUCUAGAAAAAUAAAGUGAACAAUAUUACUAUAUGCAGGAGAUUUUUUCACAAAAUGGACGUUCCAAUUCCACAAAAGGCUUCAAAUGAAAUUGGGUUUUUAUCCAUGAACAAAAUUAAAACUAUUCAAGCCAAUUUUAACGGACCCAUCUAUCAUUUUGCUGCUAAAUUUCACGGACUUCACCAAAAUAUAGCAGGAGAUAUAAGCAUAAAGUACUCCGAAUUCAGAAACCCAUUUUGCGAAAAGGAAAUCUGUUAUAAAUUGCUGAAAUUCUAUGCUGAUUAUGGGGAUUUGAGUUCUGGUAAGAUGGUCCAUGGCGCGAUGAUUAGAAGUGGCACUGAUUCUCAUUUAAUUGGAGCAAACAGUCUUGUUAAUAUUUACUGCAAAUGCCAUGCAGUUGAACAUGCUCGCUACCUGUUUGAUAAAAUGAAUGAUAGAAAUGUGGUUUCUUGGGGUGCAAUAAUGGCUGGUUAUCUCCACAGUGGGCUUCCUAGAGAGGUCUUCUCCUUGUUUGAAUUAAUGGGUACCAGUGAAUUGAGGCCAAAUCACUUUGUAUUUGCUACAGUUAUCAGUUCAUGUGCUCAACUUCGGGCUCUUGAUCAAGGCAAACAGUCCCAUUCUUUUGUAUUGAAAUCAGGGUUAGAGUUCUAUCCCUAUGUGAACAAUGCACUUGUAACUAUGUACUCUAAUUGUGGUGCCACAGGAGAAGCCAAAGAAGUUUUUGAAAGCAUGAGAAAGAAAGAUACACUUUCGUGUAACUCCCUGAUUUCGGGGCUUUUAUGCAGUGGUCAUGAUAAGGAAGCUUUUGAUUGUUUUAGAACUGUUGUAGGAGAUUACCGGGAUUGGGAUCACAUCAGCUGUCUCACAAUUCUUAAUCUUUGUGCCAGUGUGAGAGAUAUGAGAUUAGGAGAGCAAUUGCAUUGCAUGAUGGUGAAGAAAAACCUUGAGACCAAUGUGUAUGUCACGACUUCACUCAUAGACAUGUAUGGGAAAUGUGGUAUGAUGGAUGAUGCACAAAAAGUUUUCUGCUAUUCAAAAAAUAGGAAUGUGGCUACUUGGACUGCAAUUAUGACCUCUUAUCUGCAUGCCGAGUGUUAUGAGGAAGCCUUGAGAUUUUUUUCUCAAAUGGGUUCAAAGGUUCAGCCGAAUGAGUUUACAUAUGCUGUGGCUUUGAAUUCAUGUGCUGAGCUAUCUUCUAUGCAUCAUGGAGAACAGAUGCAUGGUCACGCAUGGAAGGCUGGCUACACAUCCCAUCAAAUGGUUGGGAAUGCUUUGAUUAAUAUGUAUUCAAAGAGUGGAAGCAUUGUGGAUGCAGAUAAAGUAUUUAUGGCUAUGGUUAGGAAGGACACAGUUUCAUGGAAUUCGAUGAUAACGGGAUACGCCCAUCAUGGACUUGGGAGUGAAGCCCUGCAUAUAUUUCAACUAAUGCAAUGUGUUGGAGUGGUUCCCAACUAUGUGACCUUUGUUGGGGUCCUUUGUGCAUGUGGCCAUUUGGCUCUUAAGGAUGACGGGUUUUAUUAUUUAAGUCACCGAAUGAAAGAAUUGGGGAUCACCCCAGGUUUGGAGCACUAUACGUGCAUUAUUGGGCUUUUAGGGAGAAUUGGGGAGCUUGAUGAGGCUAAGAGGAUCAUGUCAUCGGUCCCAAUUCAAUGGGACAUUGUUGCUUGGAGGACUCUAUUGAGUGCUUGCUUGGUCCAUCAAAAUGUUGGUUUAGGGGAGAGAGUUGCUGAGUAUAUAAUCCAACUAUACCCCGAAGACACAGGAACCUAUGUCUUGUUAUCUAAUAUUUAUGCGAAGGUGAGGAGAUGGGAUCAUGCUAUCGAAGUGCGAAGAUUAAUGAAGGAAAACAAUGUCAAGAAAGAGCCUGGUGUGAGUUGGAUUCAACUGAGAAACAAAACCCAUGUUUUUGUUUCGAAAGAUAGAAAACAUAUGCAAUGGAAUGAGAUUUAUGAGAAGUUAGAAGAGGUUUUUGUGCAAAUCAAAUUAGUGGGAUAUGCUCCUGACAUCACUUCUGUUCUCCAUGAUGUUGAGGAAGAACAGAAAGAAGAGUACCUCAAAUAUCACAGUGAAAAGUUGGCAAUAGCAUUUGGUCUUAUGCAUACACCCCGUGGAGCACCAAUCCGGGUCAUUAAGAAUCUAAGGGUGUGUGAAGAUUGCCACAAUGCAGCAAAGUUCAUCUCAAAUACCACAAAGAGGGAAAUAAUUUUAAGGGAUGCUAAUCGUUUCCAUAGUUUCAAGGAGGGAGUUUGUUCCUGCGGUGACUUUUGGUGAUCGCACAAUUAUUUUUUUUCCGAAGUCUUUGUUAAUUCUUUGGACUAGAGUGAAAUUUUAAAGAAAACACAUUGGCUCUCUCA